CUUUGGUCAGACGUCUUACUUGGAUUUAUACCUUCAUCGCCUCUUCGUUACAUUCAUGACAAAGGGGCCCCUUAACACGCCCAUGGCACACCAGUCAAAGAAGAAGCGCACCGACGAGGAACCUCUCACUCCGGACGUAGGCCAGAAACCAAUCCAGCUCCAACGCAGAAGGGUGUGGAGGGCUUGCGAAAGCUGUAGGCGCAAGAAGAUCAAAUGCGAUGGCUGUGAACCUACCUGUUCCCAGUGCAGCACUUCAGGCUCACAAUGUACUUGGUUGCAAACCAAAGAUAGGGCCGCGCUGAGUCGGCACUAUGUCCAGGAGCUUGAGGCGCGUUUGCUUCACAUGGAAUCACUCUUCAAGCAGGUUGCCCCAGUACUCGAGCAAAUCGGGACUUCGACUAACGGCACCGCUUCGUCCUCAUCUGAUACCACGACAUCAGCACCAGCAUUAAAUCCAUCUAAAACUGCUGCCGCUGCUGCUGCUGCGGCCAUAUUACGGUCCAUAGCGCCUAUCCAACGGCCACCUGAGCCAGCCUCCCCAGUCAAGAUCGAGGACGAUGUCAGUGAAUCAUUUGGUCAGCUCGCACUUGAUGAGUAUGGUCACAUGAGGUGGAUGGGGGGCUCUUCAUCGAUGUCUUUGAUCCAGUCAUUCCGCGCCUUGACAACAUCUCCACUUCAUCGGAUAUCGCCUGCGGAGGAGGAUCCUCAUGCACCUGGCCCGAGCAUCAAUAAAUUAUAUUUUCCGGCCUCUGUUUUUUUCGGCCAAGUUCAUGCUCUCCCCGGACCAGAAGAAGUAGAAUACCCAGAGCGGGAUUUGGCGGACAAGCUCGUCGAAACAUAUUUCGCGCGUCUCCAUUUCCUCAUGCCUGUCAUUGAUAAGCCCUCUUUUUUACUUCAGUACACGAACGUCAUGAAUAACAUUCAUGACCGUAAUCUGGUGCGCAGCCAAACCGCUUUUAUAUCUCUAAUCUUCGCGGUUUUCGCUUGUGCUGCUAACAUCGUGCAAGAUCCCCGUUUGUCGACAAGCGGGCGGCUUGAUGAUGGCGGCAUGGGAAUGGUAUAUUACGAGCGGGCCCUUAUCCUCCAAUACAUUAGCCAUGCUAGCAUACAAGCAGCACACGUCCAGUGUUUCAUCCUUCUAUCUUCCUUUCUCUGUUCCGUCAAUUGUCUUCCUCAAGCGUGGAUUCUCGUCGGCCAAGCCGUUCGAACCGGUCAAGACCUUGGACUUCACCGCUCUCCGCGUAGACUCAUACUCACGCCCAUCGAGAAAGAAACGCGUCGAAAGAUCUGGUGGGGUGUGUAUACGUUAGACCGUAUGCUUGCCUUAGCUCUUGGCAGACCGUUGGGUAUCAGUGACUCUGAUUGCGAUGUCGAGUACCCAUGCGAGGUGGAUGACGAUUAUCUCUCGGAGUACUUCAAGGGGACCACCUUUAAUCAGCCGUUCUUGAUGACGGGUACGGUUGCUCUGACCAAGUUAUACGAGAUUACGGGUCGGGUUCUCCGGCAGGUUUACUCAUUGGAUAACUGUAGGGAGAAUUUGGAACCAGAGAGGAAGGCCGAGCUUGAAAUUACCGUGGAAGUUCUUCACGCAGAGCUUACACAGUGGUGCGAAGAUCUACCUAACAUGCUCAAGAAGGAUCCUAAGACUCCGGAGCAAUCCGCUCUGGCUGCAGUACUUUGCAGCCAUUACUACUCCGUUCUUACGACCCUUCAUCGCAAUCUCCUUCCAGUGAACCGAGAGGAUCCAUCGACGGAGAAGUCAGCCUCUCAGGGUGUGUCGUCAGCACGCGCGUGCAUACAGCUCUCACCCUCGAUCAGAAAUGUAGUGCCUCCAUCACACCAUUUGGCAUUUUUCAUACAGCACUUGUUUGGCUCUGCUGUCAUCGUUCUCCUGUACGCAAUGCAUGCGUCUGAAGCCAAAGCUUCCACACAAGCCAUCGAAGAAGCCAAGGCCGCCCUUGUUGCGAUUGAAUCUUGGGAAGGGACUUGGCCUGGUGCUCGCAAAUGCAAAGAGUUACUGGCGGAACUUAUCGCUACGGCCACCGAUGCCGUAGCCAAAGGGACAAAGUCUGACUCUAACACCCCCCCUCCGGCUGCUCCUCAUUCCCCUGCUCCCCAACGUCGACGUUCAGUCACAAUAACCACCGUACCAGCCAAUACCAUUCCCGGAAGAAUGCUGAAGAGCAAAAACACUUCGCGCCGAAACCGAUCGAGGGAACAAAGCGGCGCUCGUCGUCUAGCUGCGUCGCCUUAUCAUGUUGACACCGCCCUCCGAGCGAGAUCGACAUCCCGUAAACGUGGACACGAUGAUCCAGAGGAUGGUUCAUACUAUCAGAGCUUCACGAGUCCUACUUUGGCCCCCAGCAACAAUAGUUCGCCCUCUUCCAUGAGUGUUCCAUCGCCUGCUAUGUCCGCCAAUGGCCUUUUGCAGGACAAUAGCCCCACACUCGCUUCGACAUCUGCAUAUCCAUACCCUGGGACUUCGAAUCAACCGCCUGCAUCGCCUCUUUAUGAUUUCGACUAUGGGCUAUCGUCCAAUCCCUUGGGUCAAGGGACGUCGCAGCAGUGGAAUAACUCCGACGGUUCGAGCGCACUUGACGCCUACUCAGCCGAUGGUGCCAUGACAUAUGAAAGUCCGUAUGGUGCUUAUCCUGCCGGCCUUGAUACCGGUUACUCUGGUUAUGAGCCUUCGGAUGGUAUCGGGUCCAUGGGAUUAUCCACGACACCUCCCACUGCGUCGUUCAACGCCUCUGGACUUCCGUUCCGUGGCCUUGAGUUUAUUCGCAAUUUUAAUAAUUCCGGAGGAUAUAGUAUGGACCAGGACUCACUAUGGCAGAGUUACGACCCCAUUGAUUUUGAUUACGGUCCUGACUUACCGUUUACUCUAGGUGAUUCAGAUAUUCAGACAUAGCGUUACUUUCUCUUACCUUUGAACAUAUCCUUCGAUUUCGAUUAUCAUCCUCUAUGACGCCGUUAUAUUUGUUGACAUGAACGUACGAACAGUGAUGAAUGAUCCUGUCGUGUAUGAUUAGAGAUGUAUGUAAUUCCUUUUUGUAUCGAUAUCGUAUGAUUACCUUCUUCUACUAAGUCUGGUUACACUAUCUCUUGCCUCAUAUACAUAUGUAUUUUUUCUAACGAUUCUGAAGAACGUGUAUGUUGGCACUAAAGAG